AUGUAUAGGUUAAUUACCUUACUGGAAAUUAUGAUGGCAGCCCAAUGCCCAGCCGGGACUGACACCUCAAUGAAGAUUAAAAGUUAUUCAUUCAGUGACAUAACGUUUGAAAAUAUUGAAGUUACUAAUGGAAUCUCCUGCCCAGACAACUCAUGUGUUUACUUUACUGUAAAUGGAGAAUUAUCACCCACAGAAAAAUCUAGGAUUUUCAAAUUUGAUUCAAACUUUACUCCUAUUUGGAUGAGAAAUUUUGAUGACUAUCAUAUAGCCAAGGGUUCCAUUUCUCUUCACUCAGACUCUAAUUUAGCAUUUGCGCUUAAAUCUUCUUCAGACUGUCCUUUGGUAAAAUUUGAUAGUACCUCAAACUCCAUUAUUGAAGACUUGAAAAUUGGAACUGCAAUAAAUUGCCAUUCUAUUACCUUCUCAGACGAUUAUUCUAAUAUCUAUGUUUCAGGCACAAUCUCAUCAACUCCUCAUGUGUUUAAAAUUGGAUAUGCAGACUUUGGAACUACAACCAUUUCUUCGAUCCCUAUCAGUAUGAACUCAAUUUACUCCAUCCAUUCCUAUGUUAUUUCAAGCCAAGAACUCCUGAUGAUUAGUGGCUCAGUGGCGAGCCCUACUCAAGCCUACAGUUUACUCUCGGUUGAGUAUGAUACAGGCACUCAGCAAUGGGCGAAGAAGCUUGGAUGCCCAACUGCAUGAAUUCUGAGUGGAGCCAAUGGUGCAUUGAUUUUAGAAUCUGAUAACAAAAUUAUCAGCUACUUUUUGGAUACUAAACCAAUCUUUUAUGUAAGCAAUCUUGUUGAUGGAACUCUUGAGGGUUCUUUUGUACCAGACUUCACUCAGACCAAUCUGGAAAUCAGUAGUAUCGCUUACUCUACUUCAUUCAGUAAAGUAUUCGUGCUGCUGAAACAUGAUGGUGGAGCCUACAAAUUUGAAUAUAAUGUCCUCACCAAUUCAUUUUCAAAUGCAUAUUUCAGUACAACUAUCCUCCCUGGAUGGAUACUUGAAGCAGGAGGCCACACUCUAAUUGGGUCUGGUGUUUCAUCUUCUAGUUCUGCGGUUGCAAUAUCAAGGUUAGCUUCAAAUGGAAUAUAUGGUCAAAACACGGCAGUAUCAUUUUUAUCAACCGGCGGUUCAUUUAUUUCAUCAUCUGGAUACUCAUACUCUAAUGAUCCUAUUAACUAUCCUUUAGUACCUUCACCUGUAACUAAAGGAACAGCAACUAUUGCUUCACAAGUUUUACCCUCUCUCGUAGAAACUGGUGAUUUGAGUGUGGAGUUAGAUGUAAUCUAUAAAGGAACAGAUUUUGUGUUAAGUACUUCUUCUCAAGAGACUGGAAACGUUCCAAAUAUUUAUCCUUGCUCUACCACUGGAGGAACAUCAAUCAAUUCUGUAAUUGAUGUCCAGUCAAAUGGAGAACCAAAGCCAUCUUGGGUAUCAGUUGGGGCUGAUUCUUUAUCGUUUGAUUAUACAGUCCCAGCAGCUGUAGAUGGGCAAACAUUUUAUUUUGCUGCAAGAAGUAUAGUUGGUGGAAAGACUUAUAUUAGAAAUGUCCAGAUAAAUGUAGGUGAAGUCUCAGAGCCAGAGCCAGAGCCAGAGCCAGAGCCAGAGCCGGAGCCAGAACCAGAACCAGAACCAGAACCGGAGCCAGAACCAGAACCGGAGCCAGAACCAGAACCUGUUACUCCAGACCCAGAGGAGUCAAAUCCAUCUCCUACUUCCCCAGCAGUCUGUAACAUCCAGAACUGUAAAACUUGCAUCUCUUCUAAAUGCACUGCUUGUAAGGACGGAUACAUACUAACAACCUCUAAAACCUGUACCAAAGUUGAUGAUUCCCUCAACGUAAAAUCUGCAGUAACAAUAGCAGGAAUUGCAGGUUCAAUGCUAGCAUCGAUGGUAGGAGGUGCUGUGACAGGCUCAUCAAUGAAGAAUAUGUGGGCAUUGUUCAACCAGUUCCAGCUGUUCAUGAUUUUACCGUUUUUGAAAGCAGAACUUCCAAUAGAGUUCUUUGAGACUUUAAAAGUUCUAGAGAUAAAUAUUCUGAAUCCCAAUCUUUUUGACAUAAAGACCUUCCCAAUAUUAGAACCAUUAAUAGAGCUAAUUAACUAUGAAAACCCUCACUCAGAGUUCUGAGAAAACGGCUAUGAGUCAGGAAGUGCCUUUAUUAACUCAUUUGAAAUCUUACUUGCCUUCAUUGGAGCAACUAUCGGGAUAUCUUUAAUUCACCUGAUUCUAAAAUGUUUGCUCAAGAAGAAUAGUGGAUUUUGACUCAAAGUUUAUAACUACUUUAUUUCUUUGGUUUACUUCAAGUUCUACCUAAGGUUCCUUUUAGAGAGCUUUCUUUUUAUGUGAUUGGUCUCAUUUAGUGAGUUUGCCAGAGUAAGAGAAGCAAAAGAUCAUCAAGUUUCAUACUUGCUGAAUCUUGGAAAUAUUGCCAUAAUCCUUGCCUUUAUUGGAUUGGUUCCUAUUCUGUAUUUCUGUACCAAAAAUCCUUUUCAGAACAAAUAUAUCAAAGAGCUAUAUGUGGGAUUUAAGAAGAAGAACUUUGAGCAACUGUACAACUUUUGGUUCUUAAUCAGAAGAUUUCUUUGUGUUCUAAUCAUUGUAUUGUUAAGAAAGAUUGAUCUGAUAUAUCGUCUGUCUAUCUUUUCAUGUUUACAAAUAGCUUCUUUCAUCCUCGUAAUCAUUAAAAGACCUCACGAUACUAUUUCAGCUAACAUUACUGAUAUCAUCAACGAGUCGUGCUAUUUUCUCGACACUAUCCUGAUCAUAUGAAUCCAGAAGGUUGACUCAUAUAUUUUGACUGAAAUUCUGAAUAACUCAAUUAUCAUAAACACAAUCAUGGUUGUUAUUGUAAGUCUGGGUAAACUCACUAUCCAAAUUAUUGAAUACUGAAAAUCUAAGGAGAGGAAGAAUCGGAUUAAGCCUGUUAUUAGAAAAGUUAAAGUGCAAACUAUGAAUAGAAAUAACAACCUCAAUGCUCCUGAUAACUCACAAGAGGCUCUUGGAGUUCCAAGAUACUAUCUAAAACCCAAGAAUUCUUCCCCAAACACCAGCGUGAACAACUCAAAAGAACUUGCUCUUCAUUCGGUGAGAAAGUUUUUACCUUAUAAAUAAUCUUUGGUAAAAUAAAAUUAAGCUUGU